CAGUUGCCCUAGUUGCGGUGGCCCGUCCGCGUAAACACUUUUCCUCCCAGCAGUUCCCGCUUGGGAAACCUGUUAUCGCGGAUCACACAGCACAGUACGCGAAAAGAAAGUGGGGGAAUACCUGCCCUUAUGACGCAGAAUGUCACCGGCAGACUAAUAUUCGACGGCCGAACGGUCGAGGCUCUUUCUGAGGAAGACCGUUACUCAUUCAGACGAUCGUCUGCAGCGUGGCGUUUCAUUCAGACCGUAUGCGUGCGCACGUGUUGCAGGUAGUCGUCUGCUAGCAGUGACGUUUCCGUUUCAUCGAACUUGUCAACCGGGCGGUUCCUACGGGGACAGGAAGGUGUUAUUCGACGGAAAUGUGGUACGUUUAACGGAAGGCGGAUUUUGUGAUAUUAUUUUGGGGUCGCUCCGUCAAGAAUGCGUGCAGUGUGAUGUGCUUCUUUCCAGUUGCCUGUUGUGUCGUGCCGCGGACACAAGUGUAGCAAACAUGUGUGGUCUGUGCAGUGUUGUCCUUCUCUGUGUUUUUCUUUACUGCAACGACGUGUCGUGGGGUUACAAUGUGGACACUGACUUUCCGAUCGUCGUGAACGGGGUUCCCGGCAGCGAUUUUGGCUUCACGGUAGCUUUUCAUCGUGACAGGACAGGCAAAAGCCACGCCUUGGUGGGAGCCAUCCGUGCGAACUCCUCCCUGCAGCAAUGGAGGAGUAUCUAUCAACCGGGGGCUGUCUUCCGAUGUCCCCUGCUUGAAAAUGGUCGCCAGUGCAGUGAAGUGGUCGUCGAACGUGGUGGAAACCGUGAUACACCGAGUAUCGACGAGGCGUUGAGGUACUACGACCUGAAAGACAACAUGACCUUAGGCAUGACUCUCGAAUCAACGCCAGGAGGCAGGACUGUGGUGUGCGGCCCAUUGUGGAAGAACCAAAAGUGGCAAGGCGUUCAUCUCGCCAACGGAGUGUGCUACGUCCUUGAUCGGGAUUUGAAACCACUGAAGAAGCUUCUGCCACUCGUUAAAAGAACGCUACAGGUUGUUUCUUACGACUACUACUACUACGCAGCGGAGAGUGGCUUCUCCGCGACCUUCACACAGAAAGGCGAUCUCAUUCUCGGCACUCCAGGGUUUCUUAACUGGAAAGGUACCUUGGUUCGAUACCGCUCUAUGCUGGACAGGUUUUCGGUGGCCUCUUCUGUCGGACGACAUCAAGGAUCAUACAUAGGUUAUUCAGUGACCAGCGGACGGUUUUUCAGGGACGAAGACGUCGUCAUAGCAACGGGCGCUCCUAGGGGGAACACCUACAAAGGGGAGGUGUACUUGGUGAGCAGCACUAGCGUUUCGCUUCGAGGAAAACUGCUUGGAAGUCAGAUGGGCGAGUACUUUGGUGCCUCGUUGCUGGCCAUAGACUUGGACAAGGCCGCUGGCGGCUUUGAUGACCUCCUUGUCGGGGCCCCCCAGUUUUCCCAACCCAGUGGAAUGGACGAAGGGCGGGUUUAUGUCUACAUCAGCACUGGCACUAACCUGUAUCCAGCUGCAACUCUAGAAGGCGGCCGAGCGCACGGUUCAAGGUUCGGAACUUCCAUUGCCAAUAUCGGCGACAUCAAUAUGGACGGUAUUGACGACAUUGCAGUUGGAGCCCCCUAUGAAGACGACGUCGGAGCAGUGUACAUAUACCACGGUGCAAGUUUCCAAGGUUCCAGGACUGCAUUUGCACAGCGCAUCUCAGCAAGUGACAUCGCUACCAAAACGGGCUCUCCCAUCAAGGGGCUCGGUAUCAGCAUCGCUCCGGGCUAUGAUGCAGACGCUAACCAUUAUAAUGAUGUACUCAUUGGAGCCUACCAGUCGGACAGUGCCGUUCUACUAAGAACCCGGCCACUGAUACGCACGAGGGCAUCGGUCGAACCAGACAUUACAAUGAUCAGCCCGGAGAUCGGCAGCUGUGAGGUCGCAGAGGGGCAGACAUUGUCGUGCUUCAAUUUGAAGCUGUGUCUCGGCUACGCGGGACGGUUUGCAAAGAAUGAACUAGAUUUUGAGACAGAGCUGACCAUAGAUGCGAAGCGCAUGACUGACGGUCGACCAGUGCGAGGCUUUAUGCACGACGGACCGAAUCAAGUGAGCAAGUACAAGAGCAGCCUGACUGCAAGGGCGGGACAUAACACCUGCGUUAGUAGGAGGGUUUACCUACAUGCAACAUUCCUGGAUCCAGUUAUUCCGUUCGAGGUUCGCUUCUCCCAUAACCUGAAGGAAACUGGUAACUCACGUUGGUGUUCAAACUGUCCUAUUCUGGACGCCAGUCAGCAGUUGGUAGUCAGCAAGACGAUCCCUUACAAACAUGGAUGCAGAGAAGACGACGAGUGCAAGUCCGACCUUCAACUGGAAGUAGACAUCGGCAAUGACGACCCAGAGGCGUACUUCGUCGUGGGAGAGCAGUCCAUCAUGUCCAUCGCGGUAAAGGUGCACAACAAACGUACAGGAGACCCUGCCUAUUUGACGCGUGUCGUCAUCACGGCUGCGUCCACUGUUCGCGUCGUCAACAAGGAUCGCUGCAGUGUCCAACAAGAUAAGACGGGCGCCACGAUGGUGGUCUGCGAUGCAGGAAACCCUCUACGACAAGGAGUUACGGAAACCUUCAACCUGAAACUGGACCUGAGCCAGGUGCUGGAGACGUUCGCGCUGAACGUCACGGCGACAACCACCAGUGAAGAAAUCGACGCGAAGGACAACGUAUUUUCUCGUGUGCUUCCUUUCGUGUACCAGGCUGACAUCGGGAUCUAUGGCACUGCCCGACCGAGCAUAGUGGAAUACAAUACUGACACCAAAUCCGUCCUCAUGGAGCAUAGCUUUCUGGUCACGAAACAAUACGCCAGUCCGGUACAGAAAGUGGAGUUCUCCGUGCAUGUGCCGUACAUCUUCUCUGAGUCUGCACCUCCCUUCAGCCGGAUCAGGAACUUCAAGAUUCUCCAAGGCGACCUCUACGUACCAGGCAGCUGUCGUGCUAUGGAAGGAUACUUCAGUUGGAAAGCCGAGGCAACGACAGAGACGACGAAUACAGCGUCUUCCGCGAACGGGACUGGUAUAGCAGGUCGAGUACAGCGCUCUGCAGAUCCCGGCGACGCAUUUGAAGCGGAAGUCUCAGCACUUCGAGCGGAGGCACAAACUCAACUGAAUUACGACAACGUACCCCCGUUGAACUGCCACACAGCUCUCUGCCAAGAGUUCUUGUGCACACUGGGUCCGUUCUUGCCACGGCGAGCAAACGUUGCACAAAUCGUCUUCUACGUUCUAUUUGACAUGGAAGAAUUUAAGAAGCAGGCUGGCGUGUUGUAUGCAUUCAGCGUCGGCACGGAGGGAUCGGUCAAGAUAUCAGACAAUAUCACCUUUGUUAGUGCCAACGAUCAGCUGAAAGAAAUAAGGGUUGCAACAGUUUUGCAGAAACAGGGUCCACUUCCUGCGAAGAAAAUAGCGCCAUGGAUUAUAGCUGCCAGUGCGUUUGGGGGACUCAUUGUCUUCUCGCUUCUGCUUGCAGCGCUUAUUCAUCUGGGCUUCUUCCGUCGUCGUCACCUGGAAGAUAUGGUGAGGCUUCGAAGCGAAGACGCACAGAAUGAGUGGAAUGAAUUCAUGGUGACUGAAGAAGAGGUCCAGGCGGAGAAAGAGUUAUUCCGAAAAAGUAUGAUGAUGGCACUGGGCAACGGGGCCAUGAACUUCCUCGACGGUUCGCUAAGUAGUGCAGAAAACCUGGAUCGUGCAGACGAAAAACCGGCUCAGGGCCCCACCGGGAUUGCAGUGACGUAGCAACGCUCAAAGCCGCUGAUUGGACACUGUUUCCUGCCCCUUUGCAUUUCAAAUUUGCAGGACCUCAGCUCACGAGGAAAUUCUGCAGCGUUGAGACUGUUCUGUUUGGAAUUCAAGGACGUUGAGGAGCACGCGCCAUGGAUACACACGACAGUGAACCAUAGGGGUAGACCUUACAUCUCGCCAUUGCCACUACUGGUUCGACCGCAGAAUAUCACGCUGCAUUUAUUUUUCUCGACUUACUGAAGUCGGUUAGUACAGAAGGACGCCACGGUUACUCAUCGUAUGCUAUGAACUUCGCGUGGCAGAGUUACAAGAUAACUUGAGUAGCUAAUUUGUGAAUAGUUAUGCAGGGUUCCUUGACUCGAGACGACAUGGUUUACGUGCAUCCAAAGCAGCUUGCGAGUGGUCCGACGAUAUUUAUCACCUAGUCAUAGAGUUCUUACGAUUGUUUUAUUGUCAUCAUUUGGCUGUAUAAAUUUAAAUAAUCUUCCAUCAUUCAUGUAGGAACCGUGACGGUAUUUCACACCACUGUAUAUUAUGUUAUAUUCAUGCGCAAACUUUUUAAAAGUGGUUUUCAUCGUCAUCAAAGUGCCAAUGCGGUUUUAAUUCGCCCGGUUCAACGUGGUGAUAUUUUCCUACCUCGACUUCAUAUGAAGACAUGUUGUUUCAUGGACGAUUAUGCAUAUAAUGCUCGAUAUGCUGCUUUGCAGGCCUUUUUGCAGGUGCAUAGAAGGCACCCCGAAAAAAUAAAUAUAUAUAUAUAUAUAUUUUUUUUGUGCGCGAUAUGAACUGUUGUUGUCCAUGCACCAUUAAAACUCGAAUCGUCGUCAUCAUCGUCCUUUAGGAAACGUGCAUUUCCUGAGUAAACUUUUUUUGCAAGAACGCGCGCAGCAGCGGCGACCUCUCUCAGCACCUUCUGGCGUAUUGUGACGUCAGAUCAUCGAACACAUUUAUUGGCUGCCGAGAAUCGUCUGCUAGGGCCCAUGGAGCAGGGGAGCGUCAAAUAUGACUGGAAAAGGAAAAGGCGCGUGCGUUACUAUUGGGAGGAAGACGUGGCGUCACAGACUUGUCUCGUGCGCGCCAGCAUUGCGCACUGCACCUGUCCUUUUCGUGCAGACAUGCACUCGAGGACAUUUAAUUUAAAUUUUUACUCCUUGUUUUAUUCAAGCCCUUCCGUGCGCCUUCAAAACACUACACAGAAAGGCCGGUGCUGCUGGUUACCCAGCCCAUCAGACACCGCUUUUUCUCAGUGGUAGACUGACCGUUCAGGAGAAUGUGGUUGCUAGAUGAGACAGUCUCCAGUUGAGUUCACAACUGGCAACUGUGUCGCCUCAUGCGAUUUCUUGCUGUCAUGUACACCGCAAUUUGAUGCUGUACCCUCGUAGUCAUACGCCUGUCACCACGAAAGCUGCCACGAAGAAAAUGGAGCGGUGCCGGCGACAGGUUCCACAUGAACAAAUAAAUGCAUUUACACAUGU